AUGGCACCCAACUCCCCUGCAGAAGCUUUGGGCACAAUCCCGCCUUCCGCUGUGUCUGAAAAGACGCCGGGCGGGGAAGACCCCGCUCCUCGAGGGGAGUCUGAUCGACGCACGGUCAGAUGGAAGAGAUUUUUGGGAUCUUCUGAUACACCAGACACUGAAGAGGACGCCUCUGGAAACCGAGAAAAAUGGACGAUGGGAAUUUUGAACGACAAGCAGACAGAAGAGGUCCCAGGAACGAUUCUCCUCCUUGCAUCACACCGCAAUGCGCCCCUGGGGUUGACGCAACAGCCCGCUAGGACCUCUUCGUCAUCUUUACCAUCGCCUUACCCGCCCUCUCGAUCUUCCUCCCACACCCCUGCUCCUCAACAGAAACGGACUCCAGACGGAAAGAUUGUACUUGACCCCCAGCCGGAUGAUUCCCUAAAUGACCCACUCAACUGGCCACAAUGGCGCAGGGACCUUGCUCUGAUGUCUCUUGGCUUCUACUGCAUGGUCGGAGGCGGUAUGACUCCGAUUCUAGCUGCGGCGUUCAACGAUGUCUCGGAAGAAUAUGCCGUCUCCUUCCAAAAGGUUGCGUUGACAACAGGCCUGUACAUGCUUGGAAUGGGUCUUGGUUCGGUCGUGAUGUCACCAACUGCCAUUCUCUUUGGCAAGAGACCUGUUUAUAUUGCAGGUGCCACUAUGUUUAUUCUCUCAUCCAUUUGGUGUGCCGCAUCUCCAAAUUAUGCUAGCUUGGUUGUUGCUAGAAUUUUCCAGGGCAUAGCCGUGAGCCCUGUUGAGUGCCUUCCUUCUGCUACAAUUGCUGAAAUUUAUUUCUUGCAUGAGCGAGCGUACCGUGUGGGCAUUUAUACCCUUUUGUUGCUGGGCGGGAAGAACUUGAUUCCACUUAUUAGUGCUGUGAUUACACAGGGUCUGGGAUGGCGUUGGAUCUUUUGGAUUGUGGCAAUCACAAUCGGUUUUGGCCUUGCUUUGGUAGUGUUAUUUGUGCCUGAAACUUUCUGGGAUAGAACGCCCCGACCGCGGCCCAGGCGCCCAAAAGCCCGACGGAGCGUGUCGGACAUUGUAACCCACCCCUUCCGCGGCCGAUCUUCACACCCUAUUUCUCCAACGGAAUCUCGUUACAGGGGGGAGGGAAAUUCUAUUGGCCAAAAGCAACAUAAAGAUGUUCACGUCGGAUUUGCUGACGACGUCAAAUCGGAAAAAGUGAGUAUUAGCGAAAGCCCGACAGAGCCCGAGCAGUUCACUCUGGAUGAAAAAUUAAAAGAGACAGCUAAGUCCGACGGCGAAGCUGACGUAAAGAACGUUAAGGGGGACGUUUCCACCUUGCGGAAUUCCCCUAGUACUCAAGAUAAUUCUGUCGAAAAGGCAGCGUCAGAUCUUGAAACUGGAAACUCAGCCUCUGUUUCCAGGGAUGUUUCUGUCGACGCUGCUGCUGCAGGCCCAAGCAACCCGUCUCUUCAGCAGAUCUAUACGAGCAAUUUACGGUCUAGACCACCUGUCAGCUUUGUUGAAUCACUGAAAAUAUGGAACGGCCGUAUCGCCCGGGACAGAUGGAUUCGCGUCAUGGUUCGCCCUUUUAUUCUAUUGGCGUACCCUGCUGUCCUGUGGUCAUCAAUGGUUUAUGCACUCUCCGUCGGCUGGCUGAUUGUUCUAUCGGAAGCUGUGGCUGAAAUAUAUCGCAAUAAAGACGUCUAUAAUUUCUCCGCGCUUUCAACGGGCUUGGUAUAUAUUUCUCCCUUUGUUGGUGGAAUCCUCGGCACCAUUGUCGCUGGCAGGGUUUCCGAUGUCAUUGUCCGAUACAUGUCCCGUCGGAAUGGAGGCAUCUAUGAACCAGAAUUUCGACUUGUAAUGUCUGCUCCAAUCGCUAUUUGCACCUCCAUGGGGCUCAUGGGAUUUGGCUGGAGUGCUCAGGAGAAAGAAAAGUGGAUCGUCCCCACAGUAUUUUUUGGAAUUCUGUCUUUUGGCUGCACUCUAGGCAGCACUACCAGCAUCACGUUUUGCGUGGAUAGCUACCGGCAAUACGCCGGUGAAGCUUUGGUCACAUUGAAUUUCUGCAAGAAUGUCCUACAUGGUUUUGUUUUCUCUUUAUUCAUUGUAGACUGGCUGCAUAGUGACGGCGCAAAGACGGUUUUCGUAACCCUGGGAGGUAUCCACAUGGCUUGCAUGUUGUUUUCGAUUCCAAUGUAUAUAUAUGGCAAACGGGCACGCAUGUGGACUGUGAGGAAGAGACUUAUGGAGAAGUGGUAG